AUGCUUCGUCGAGGAUUGAGCAUCUCCCGAAGCGUUGUCCGAUUGAGCUCGGAAAAAGCUCCAGCUGUUCAGAAAGUUUCCACCGUCGAUAACCAAGUGACGCACACUGGCCAGGCCUUCCCUGAAGGAGACUUCAGAAUGAACAGAUAUCUCGGCGGAAAGAAAAAGGCACUUUCUGCUCGAUGGGCGAUUGAUAUGAUCGCAGAAGAGCCAGUUAUCAUGACUACUAACCGACGACACAUGUGCGAUGGAACUUAUGGAGGUCUUAAUCAAGCUGUCGGUCACCCUCGAGUUUGGAUCAACCUUGACGACGGGCAAGUGCACGAAUGCCCGUAUUGCGGUCUCCGAUACCAGAAAGUCCCCGCAGCCGGCGCUCAGCCUAUUUCGAAGACCGUAGAAGAGGAAGAAGAAAAUUAA